GCAAGAAAGAGAUAUACAGUUAUGCACCAUACGCAAAGCUUCUCGUUGUUCCCCGCCCAUUCCAGUUCACUACCUCGCUACAAUGAGAAGAUCAAUGUACUGCGGCGAGUGAACGAGAUCAACGGCCAUAACCAAAAAUUCAAGAGGUACAGUAUAGUGAAAUACAGUGCAGUAAACACUUUCACCACUCCCCGAGUAAAGUAAAGUAUACGCUUCCAACCCAACUCCUAAACAAAUCCCCAUCCCCAUUCACUCCACCUCACAACCAUAGAUACCAAUCUAUCAUCCACGCACAAUGUCUCCAAAGCCCUACAUAACCCACCUCCCUUUCCAAACUCGCCCAACUCCUCAUUCAACUAUGAAUCCACCCCCCAACAACCCGUUGAAAACGAAGGCUUUCCACCCACUCCCCAGCAUCAAGGAGGAACAAGAGGAAGAGGGAGAAACAUACCAACCAGCCCCUUCCACUUCCACUUCCCACGCCCAUCCAUCCACACCCGCCCAGCCCCGCGCCCAACCCUUCACGGUAUCCACGGCAUCCUCGCUCGGCACACUGACCGCGCUACACACAAUCUCCCCACCAUCUACUCAACCCCGCACCCACGCUUUCACAGUAGCUAGCGCAGAGGCUCUGGGCACGCUGGGUGCGCUGCGUAAGAGUUGUUCAUCGGAUUUUGGCACAGUGCGGAGUGAGGAUGGAGAUGCGGAUGGGGUGAGAUUCGCACAUGGGCGUGAGUGUGUUUGGACGGCUCGGCCUGUUGUGAAACCUGUGGAUGAGGGGGAGGUAGAGGCGAAGAGGGAAGACAGACCGCGGAAGAAACUAAAGAAGAAGUGGAGAGAGAAGGAGAAAGACAAACCCAGACAUUUCCAGCGUUUAAAGACCUUCACAAGGCGGAUAUUACACCAUAUCUCCGCAUUCCCCACUUCCCACACGGAGUUUCACCAGCCGUUGCGUUCUCCUUCUCCUCCUCCUCCUCCUUCUUCUCCUUCCGCGUCUCCCCUUUCGGAUGAGUAUACGACCAGAACCCAGAUCUCGCAUACCCUUCCCCAGAUCAUCAUAACACCCGCUUCUCCCCUUCCAACCCCCUCGCCCUCCCCUUCCCCUUCCCAUCCACAUACCCACCCCACAUCCCAAUCACCCCCAUCUUCCCCUCCUGACUCCACGGCUAUCACCGCUAUAGCUACAAGACUAACACUCCACGCUGUAUCCGCGCGCAUGGUAUACAUCCGUCGACGCACCAGUUCUGCCGGAUUACAACCACCACCACCUCCCGAAAACGAGACUCUUCCUUCAUGUUUGAUGGAAGGAGGUGCGGUCCAAGCACAGCGUCUAUCUACUUGUUUGUUCGGUACGCACAGUUAUGUAGAUAGGAAGGUAUACAUAACGACUAUUCGCGCACUAAGGGAUGGCUGCGGACGGGGUGUGUGCUGUCGGACACUAGUAAAGACGUGCAAGUUAGAAGGGUGGGGUACUUUCGUGAUGGCUGGAGUGGGACUAGCGGCGAUAUUGGCAAUGUUUGUGUCAACAUUGAAUUGGAGGGUAUAUAUGUCUCGACACCGUACCUUGAGAUAAAUAGGUGGUAAAUACAAACAAUGCGUACUUUCAGCCUCCUAGCCAAGAUUUCUCUUUA